AUGGGAUUACGCGCUAGGGCAGUGAAAAUUACUUUCGGCUCUGCCUUCUGCCAUGAGUUUUUACAUUGUAAACCCGUGCUUUCACAUCACAACAAUAUUCUACAUCGAUAGUUCUGUUGGAAUCCAGCGUGCAGGCCACGGUUUCACAUCUGCGCCUCUCUGUUGUUCACUCAGGUAGGAUUGGAUUUGAGCACAAGCUCAUACCUCAACAAGAAUGGCUAUCGCGAUCGUCAAGAUUGGAAUUUCAUUGAAAUUGCUACCAAAUAACAGUGCCGUGUUCUUCAAAUCGGACGGUGCGAGAUUUGGCCAAACCAGGACGAUUAAAUUGCUAACGGGGUCAAAGUACAAGAUUGAAGUGGUUGUCAAGCCUGGGGCUGCAGAGGCAACGUAAGUAUGGUGGGCUGAAAUGCAGUACAGGCGCUCGCACAUCAGGCAAUAUUCUUCUGUUAUAAUGUCUAUCCACUUCAAUAGGUUACAUUGUGACAAUUCCUCUGAUGAGAAUAUUCUGUCACUGUCCAUCACUGCCUGUUGAUGUCCAUUUUAUUAUCCUAACUCAGUGUUUCAUGGUGUGAGGAAUAGAAUUCGGCAUGUUCUCUUGGCAAAGAUCACAACCCGUGGAUAUUAUGUCACCGCUUUCAUCUAAUUUCAUUUAUCGGUUAAUUCAAUUGGUCAUUGAGAGCAUUGAUGAGACACAAGCCGUAGGAGGUUGUGAUUCGAUGUUGGAGUUAUGUGAGAGGGCGAGCGGUUAGAGUUACCAUUAGCUGCAGUCUAAAUUGGCUAGGCUAUAUCGUAGGCUACGAAUGCAUAAAAACAAGAAUACGUUUUUUUGGUCUUCAUUUAAGGUAAGGGUUAGGCAUAAGGUUAAGCGGUUUGGGUUAAAGUUAGGGUUUGGUUUAGGUUUGUGUCCGGCAGGUGCAGGGAGACAGAAGUCGCUGCCAGAUUGUGUCAAAUCCACUACCGAUUAAAUAAAAUCUCAUUUUAGUUGUCGCACGCCGAAUACAACAGGUGUAGACUUUACCAUGAAAUGAUUACUUACGAGCCCUUUCCCAACAACGCAGAGUUUAAGUAAGAAAUAUUUUCAACACAAUAAACAACAAUAACGAGGCUAUAUACCAGAGGUACUGGUACUGAGUCAAUGUGCAGGGGUACCAGGUAGUAACAUGGCUAUAUACCAGAGGUACUGGUACUGAGUCAAUGUGCAGGGGUACCAGGUAGUAACAUGGCUAUAUACCAGAGGUACUGGUACUGAGUCAAUGUGCAGGGGUACCAGGUAGUAACAUGGCUAUAUACCAGAGGUACUGGUACUGAGUCAAUGUGCGGGGGGUACCAGGUAGUAACAUGGCUAUAUACCAGAGGUACUGGUACUGAGUCAAUGUGCAGGGGUACCAGGUAGUAACAUGGCUAUAUACCAGAGGUACUGGUACUGAGUCAAUGUGCGGGGGUACGAGGUAGUUGAGGUAAUAUGUACAUGUAGGUAGGGGUAAAAGUGACUAAGCAAUCAGGAUAGAUAAUAAACAGAGUAGCAGCAGUGUUGGUAGUUGAGGUAAUAUGUACAUGUAGGUCGGGGUAAAAGUGACUAGGCAACAGGAUAGAUAAUAAACAGAGUAGCAGCAGUGUUGGUAGUUGAGGUAAUAUGUACAUGUAGGUAGGGGUAAAAGUGACUAGUCAAUCAGGAUAGAUAAUAAACAGAGUAGCAGCAGUGUGUGUAGAGUGUCAGUGUAGUAUGUGUGAGUGUGUGGGUAGAGUCCAGUGAGUGUGUGAGUAGAGUCCAGUGAGUGUGUGGGUAGAGUCCAGUGAGUGUGUGGGUAGAGUCCAGUGAGUGUGUGGGUAGAGUCCAGUGAGUGUGCAUAGAGCCGGUGCAAGAGAAUCAGUGUAACAACAACAAAAAAAGGGGGUCAAUGCAAAUAGUCUGGGUAGUCAUUUGAUUAACUGUUCAGCAGUCUUAUCGCUUGGAGGUAGAAGAUGUUUAGAAGCCUUUUGGUCAAAGACCUGCCGUGCGGUACCGCUUGCCUUGCGGUAGCAGAGAGAACAGUCUAUGACUUGGGUGGCUGGAGUCUUUUAAGAUUUUUUGGGCCUUCCUCUGACACCGCCUGGUAUAUAGGUCCUGGAUGGCAGGAAGCUUGGCCCCAGUGACGUACUGGGCCAUACGCACUACCCUCUGUAGUGCCUUGCGGUCGGAUGCCAAGAAGUUGUCAUACCAGGCGGUGAUGCAGCCAGUCAAGAUGCUCUCGAUGGUGCAGCUGUAGCUUUUGAGGAUCUGAGGGCCCAUGCCAAAUCUUUUCAGCCUCCUGAGGGGGAAGAGGUGUUCUCGUGCCCUCUUCACGACUGUGUUGGUGUGUUUGGACCAUGAUACAGUAGUAUCUCAGUGAUGUGGACACCUAGGAACUUGAAGCUCUCGACCCGCUCCACUACAGCCCCGUCGAUGUGAAUGGGGGUGUGCUCGGCCAUCCGUUUCCUGUAGUGCCUGAUCAGCUCCUUUAUCUUGCUGACGUUGAGGGAGAGGUUGUUGUCCUGGCUUCCAGCGUGUUUGACAGAGAGCGGCAUGGUUGAAGGCUCCCUAUUUUUUGACGUGGUUUCCUACAGUAGUAGGCUAUACAUGCACUCAGAUGUGUUUCUGCAUUUGGUUAUUCCUUCCUGUCUUUGUAAGUCAGUCAUUCAGCAGUCUCCUGCACUGUCGGCUGCAAUGUCAAACAAUGUCCCCAGUGUCACCAAUCCACCCCCAACCCCUGCCCCAGUCAAGCGGUCACAAAAGUAUUGUCUGUUAUGUAACUGUUGUGAUCCUGUCCUGUCCUCAGCACCAUGAGUGUAGGUGGAGUCCCCUUCCCCUUGGAGCAGAAGUCCAGAGACCCCGAGUCUGGGGUCUACACCGGCAUCUACGACACAGAGGGCAUGACUCACACCAAGAGUGGAGACAGACAAGCUGUACAGAUCAGCUUGCAGGUAAUAAGGGAACAUUUUUGACAUGACGACAGGUACAGUCUUCCUGGGAUUACAGACAUAAAAUACUUUACAAUUUACCUUAUUUUUUAAUGAACAAGUAGACAAAACAAUUGACCCUUCGCUAAGCCCCGUCCGCCUUGGUUACUGUUGCAACCUCAAACAACAUUUUCCCAGGAAGCCCAAUUUCCCAUUCAACCACUGGCGAAAUCCCCUCACAAUGAUCUUAAACUGUGUUUCUAAUACACAAUGACAUUAAACACAGACUACCCCUUGCUAAUCAGAAAACUAUUGGGUAUGUUGUUGUGGACUGUCAUUACAAUUCCUUCAAGGGAACCUGGUCAAAUUAUGUUUGUAGUGUAGCUAGCCACUGAAUGGCUCUGAAUUCACUGUCAGCAUGCAGUCAAAGCUAUAACCACUUUUGGAGCUAAUUAGUGCUCUCAAAUCGUAUCCUUAUGUCAACAGCAGAUGGGAGUUGUAUUCAUAACAUGCUAACUUAGCUAGCUAAAAUACAUUUUGAGAAAACAAGUUAUAUUAAGUGGCUAGCUAGCUAGCGUUAGCCAUGUUUGGUGGUCAAUGAGACUGAGAGCUAACCAAUUUAGCUAGCAAACAAUGUAACAUGAGUAUAAUUCGGGAUUAGAAAUAUACUCUAACUGUCUCAGGAAUAACAGUAGCAAGUACUCCUGUUAGCAAGUACAGUAGCAAAUAAUUGAACAAACUGUUCAAUUAUUUAGCCAUUUAAACAUUUACUUUUUGUAGAAAACUCUGUUUUUUACCAUAACCCUCACUGGCUUUCACGCGUUUUAAUUGUGAGAUGUUAUCCAUUGGAGCGCUGUGAUUGGUUGCCCAACAUUCUGGGGCGGGGCUUAGCAAAGGGUAAAUUAACAAGUAGACAAAACAAUUAACAAAUAGACAAAACAAUUAACUAGAAAACAAAACAAUUAACUAGUAAACAAAGCAAUUAACUAGUAAACAAAACAAUUAACUAGUAAACAAAGCAAUUAACUAGUAAACAAAACAAUUAACUAGUAAACAAAGCAAUUAACUAGUAAACAAAACAAUUAACUAGUAAACAAAACAAUUAACUAGUAAACAAAACAAUUAACUAGUAGACAAGUUCAUUCAGAGCAGUUCAUGAGUCCCAUUACAAAUACCUGCAAACUUCAAUUAAUAGCUUGGGCAUUUAUUUGCUUAAAUCCCUGAACACCACAGCCGCUUAUUAGAGAUGAGCCAGCUUUUGCUCAUUUGCAUAGUUAAUUGUUUAAUUUCCAGCAUUUUAAAAGACAUUUCUUAAUUUCCUGCACUAAUGUGUAAUUUUGAAUUGUACCUUAAAUGGGGAAAAAUACACAUUGAUUUCAUUGUAUAUCCCCCCAGGGGCAAACCUGGUGUUUAUUUUUGAUCGAAUUCAAACUACACUGCUUAAAAAAAUAAAGGGAACACUAAAAUAACACAUCCUAGAUCUGAAUGAAUGAAAUAAUCUUAUUAAAUACUUUUUUCUUUACAUAGUUGAAUGUGCUGACAACACAAUCACACGAAAAUUAUCAAUAGAAAUCAAAUUUAUCAACCCAUGGAGGUCUGGAUUUGGAGUCACCCUCAAAAUUAAAGUGGAAAACCACACUACAGGCUGAUCCAACUUUGAUGUAAUGUCCUUAAAACAAGUCAAAAUGAGGCUCAGUAGUGUGUGUGGCCUCCACGUGCCUGUAUGACCUCCCUACAACGCCUGGGCAUGCUCCUGAUGAGGUGGCGGAUGGUCUCCUGAGGGAUCUCCUCCCAGACCUGGACUAAAGCAUCCGCCAACUCCUGGACAGUCUGUGGUGCAACGUGGCGUUGGUGGAUGGAGCGAGACAUGAUGUCCCAGAUGUGCUCAAUUGGAUUCAGGUCUGGGGAACGGGCGGGCCAGUCCAUAGCAUCAAUGCCUUCCUCUUGCAGGAACUGCUGACACACUCCAGCCACAUGAGGUCAAGCAUUGUCUUGCAUUAGGAGGAACCCAGGGCCAACCGCACCAGCAUAUGGUCUCACAAGGGGUCUGAGGAUCUCAUCUCGGUACCUAAUGGCAGUCAGGCUACCUCUGGCGAGCACAUGGAGGGCUGUGCGCCCUCCCAAAGAAAUGCCACCCCACACCAUGACUGACCCACCGCCAAACCGGUCAUGCUGGAGGAUGUUGCAGGCAGCAGAACAUUCUCCACAGCGUCUCCAGACUCUGUCACGUCUGUCACGUGCUCAGUGUGAACCUGCUUUCAUCUGUGAAGAGCACAGGGCACCAGUGGCGAAUUUGCCAAUCUUGGUGUUCUCUGGCAAAUGCCAAACGUCCUGCACGGUGUUGGGCUGUAAGCACAACCCCCACCUGUGGACGUCGGGCCCUCAUACCACCCUCAUGGAGUCUGUUUUUGACCGUUUGAGCAGACACAUGCACAUUUGUGGCCUGCUGGAGGUCAUUUUGCAGGGCUCUGGCAGUGCUCCUCCUGCUCCUCCUUGCACAAAGGCGGAGGUAGCGGUCCUGCUGCUGGGCUGUUGCCCUCCUACAGCCUCCUCCACGUCUCCUGAUGUACUGGCCUGUCUCCUGGUAGCACCUCCAUGCUCUGGACACUACGCUGACAGACACAGCAAACCUUCUUGCCACAGCUCGCAUUGAUGUGCCAUCCUGGAUGAGCUGCACUACCUGAGCCACUUGUGUGGUUUGUAGACUCCGUCUCAUGCUACUACUAGAGUGAAAGCACCGCCAGCAUUCAAAAGUUGCCAAAACAUCAGCCAGGAAGCAUAGGAACUGAGAAGUGGUCUGUGGUCACCACCUGCAGAACCAUUCCUUUAUUGGGGGUGUCUUGCUAAUUGCCUAUAAUUUCCACCUGUUGUCUAUUCCAUUUGCACAACAGCAUGUGAAAUUUAUUGUCAAUCAGUGUUGCUUCCUAAGUGGACAGUUUGAUUUCACAGAAGUGUGAUUGACUUGGAGUUACAUUGUGUUGUUUAAGUGUUCCCUUUAUUUUUUUAGCAGUAUAUAUUAUAUCAAACCCAGACAGGAACCAUUAUUUUAGCUGGUCACCUAAAUCAAGCAUUCAGCAAGUUAGUCAGACAUAGCAAUAAAAAGGGAAAUUCAAGGAACCUCCAAAGAGGCUUAAAAAUGUCAUCUCUACAAAUAUUUUACAGGACACCUGGAGAUUAUUAUUCCCAACUACAAAAGACUACCUCUUUUUUUCCUCAAAGUAAGAAAACCUAUUCAAGAAUUUACCACAUUCCCCCCCCCCCCAAAAAAAAAUGCACUCAACAAUAUACUGGGUUCUAAAAUCCAUGAUAUAGUGGUAUCGGAUCAUUCUCCUGUAUCAUGCUUAAUUACACCAACAGAAAAUACACUUGGUGACAGAAUAUGGAGCGCAUCUUCAAGACCCGAAAUGUAUUAAAUACGUAAGCAAAAAAAUAAAGACCUUUACCAUUACAAAUGUAGACAUAGAGUGAAAAGCCGACCUCCGACAUUAUUUAGGAUGCUUUUAAAGCAUACAUUAGGGGAAUGAUAAGCUCAUACUUGGCAAAAGUUACAUCUGAGUUAGAAAUGUAGAUUUAAUGGCAAAAAAUAGCACUCACAACACAAAUACAUGCCAAACCAGUUAUAUUUUAAAAGAUAAGGAUACAAGUGCUUUAAUUAAGAACAAUAAUGCUAUAAUGCUAUGAAAUCUAUAUGAAUUAAAUAAGAAUUGGAAUGAUCCUGUAGCCUUCCUAGAAUCAAUAACAAAGUAGCGCCACUAUUUAAUCAAAUGACAACACACAUGUCACUCAAUUCAGUACUUCCGAGUUCCAUGUAUCAAACAGUUAUUUCAGUUAUAUGAAAACCAGGAAAAUCUGGAGAGUCCCCAACAGAUUACAGACCCAUACAUUUAAUAAAUUGCGACAAUAAAAUAAUAACUAAACUCAUAGCAACAGAAUGGCAAAAGUCUUACCAGACUUGAUAUGUAUUAAUCAAACAGAGUUUAUUAAAAAUAGAAACUUACAAACAAAUUCAAGAACAUGUUUCAUUAUAAUACAAUACGCUAAAAUACAAGAUGUAGAUUUAUCAAUAAUGGCUGCUGAUGCUGAAAAGGCUAUUGACCGGCUUGAGCGUCCUUUUCUAUUUAACUUUGGAAGCGUUCAACUUUCCAGCUGAAAUAAUAAAUUUCAUAAAAAUAUUAUAUAAAUAUCCUAAAGCAAAAAUAUACACAAACAAUACACUAUCAGGUGAAAAAGCUUUAGAAGGGGGCACGUGACAAGGAUGUCAGCUCUCCCCCCUCCUGUUUGCACUGGCAAUUGAACCGCUAGCAGAAAGAAUUAGACAGGACCCAAACGUAACAGGUAUCAGUAUUGGUAAACAUGAAUAUAAACUAAACUUAUUUGCAGACGAUAUCCUGAUGUACCUGACUAAUAUUGAAAACUCAAUGUCCCCCUUAUUAAAAAAUAUUUUCAGGAAUACUCUAAAAUCUCAGGAUAUAAAAUGAAUGUGAAUAAAAUAAAAUAAUAAUGGCAAUGAGAAAAAUAAUAACUAAUGAUCUACAGCAAUCCUUUAAGUGGAUCACAAAAAACAUGUAAUACUUAGGAUGCUUAAUAAGUGACAACAACCAAUACAUAUAUAAAGAUAACUUCAUCCCAUUACUCAACAACAUGAAAGCAGAAAUAAUUAAAUGGAACAAUCUCCCCAUAAAUUUAGAGCUAUUGAAAUGGGCAGGUUGCUAUUUGAGACUCAGUGUUUAAUUGAAGCUUUGUGGUGCUUAAUUUCUGUAUAUGUGCAUCAUCUAGCCUGGUCUCAGUAUAGUUAGUGUCAACUUAGCCUGGUCUCAGAUCUGUUUGUGUGGUAUAGCCAACUCCUAUGGGCGUUGUCAUGCCAUGACCAUAGGUGUUGGGGCAAGACAGCACAAACAGAUCUGAAAACCAGGCUAAGCAUGAUCCAUAUGAACACAUUCACAACGAUCCCUAUAGACCAUUAGGCAUGUAGGAUAUUCUGUAUCAAGGUGUCUACUGUUUGUGAUGCAAAUGAUGACAGAAGCUCUGAAGCUGUGCCGUGCCUCCACAGUGUUUAUAAUUAUGAUUUGGCUUUUCUUACUGUGUGUGACUUUGCUUAUAGCUAGCUACUUUAUUGAGUAAACGUGUACUUACUAUGGCUGUGAUAAGUGGUUGUCUCACCUAGUUACCUUAAGAUGAAUCCACUAACUGUAAGUCGCUCUGGAUAAGAGCCUCUGCCAAAUGACAAAAAUGUCCAUGUAAAUGUUUUUUUUUUUUUAGCUGUAUAGAUUAUGUAUUUUGGGAUGUUUUCAGUCUAUUUUGAACUCUUUCAGACAAUGCGCUUAAUCGCGCGAGAAAAAAACUAGUACACUAAAAUUACAAAAAGUUAACCUGAGUUAACCGAUUAACUCUGAAAGACCUUAUUAUUUCCCCUCCCAGUUCACAGAGGUGGGCUCUUUUGAGGUGGUGUGGCAGGUGAAGUACUACAACUACAACAAGAGGGACCACUGCCAGGGGGGAAACAGUUUCAACAGCAUCGAGUACGAGUGCAAGCCCAACGAGACACGCAGCCUGAUGUGGGUCAACAAGGAGCUGUUUGUCUGACCGACCAACCAACACAGACAGCAUCAGGGUUGUGUUCAUUAGGCACCA